ACAUAUCCUACCUCACAUUUUAACAGUACAGCCCUGUACACGUGCGUAUAUAUACCGUAAACUCCGUCAUUCACGUUGACAGUUCCUCACGGUCUUGACUGGUCCUCGCACGUGUCUUCUACGAGACAAUAAGAGCUCCGGAAUCGGUGUGUGCUUGCGCGCGCAUCGUACACGCAAUUUCGUUCCAUUCGCGCUUUGUAAACAACAACAAUAACGUGUCUUUUUCGGAGCAGAGAGAGACACAGAGAGAAAGGACCCUUCCCGUGUGUCCUUGACGUUGGCCGCAAACAUUUUGGCGCAAUCGCUUCAAGACGGAGGAAGUCGCGCGCCGCCUUUCACCGAGCGCGUUUCUUUUUCAAACGCACAAACGACGAGACUCCAGUUUCUUUUCCGCGACGGACGAUUUCGCGCGGGGCCGCUUUCUCGAGAGCUCGCACGUGAGCUGCCGCGCGAAGAAAAAAAGGAAGCAGAGGAGAUACAAGGAAAUCGCGUGUAUUUUUAAAGAUAAAACAAAGUCAUUCUGCGAGAGGUUUCCGCAAAAGAUUUUACGGUGGCAUGGACGGAGCGGCGAGGCAGAAUGAGGCCCACAUGACAACGCCUCAACUGAUCCAAGCUCACGGUUACAUAUCCGAAACCCACCACAUUUGGACAGAGGAUGGUUAUUGUUUGAGCGUGCAUCGUGUACUUUCAUCUAAUGAUCGAGUGCCAUUAAAUGCUGACCCUAUUAUAAAUACGACUGCUGUCGAUAACAACAGCGAAGAUUCUAAUUCGUCAACUUCCUCCGAUUAUCAUCGCAUCCAGGAAGCCUGUGAAUCUUCCGGUGCAGGCUCGAAAUUGCCGGUUAUUGUAAACCACGGAGUCGUAUCCUGUUCUGCAGAUUGGGUGCUACUGGGACCUCACAAAGCUCUCGCAUAUGUCCUUUGCGACAAUGGAUUCGACGUUUGGCUCGCAAAUGCUCGUGGAAAUAUCUACUCUAAAGACCAUAAACAUUACUCGACCAAGGAUAAAGAGUUUUGGGAUUUCAGCUGGCACGAGAUCGGAUAUUAUGAUUUACCAGCGAUGAUAGAUUAUAUCUUGGAAGAAACCGGUCAUUCCAAAUUGUAUUAUAUCGGUCACAGUCAGGGUACAACCACGUUUUACGUUAUGAUGAGCGAAAGACCCGAAUACAAUGCUAAGAUCAAAGGGAUGAUAAGUCUGGCACCUAUAGCGUUCUUAUCAAAUCAAAGAAGUCCACUCUUCAAAUUUCUCGUACAUUUUAACGAUAUAUUAGAGUGGAGCACCUACUUUUUCAACUUUCACCAAUUCUUCCCUCGUAUUAGGUGGCAAGGGCGGAUAUUUAGCACCCUUAUACGUAACGCUCCUUGCGCGGUAACGAAGGGCUUCUGCAGCUGCUGGUUUUACAUUAUCGCUGGAUUCGGAAGCGAUCAGCUCGAUAAAUCCAUGUUACCUCUGAUAUUUGGACACUUUCCGGCAGGCGCUGCAAUGAAACAAAUCGUACAUUAUGGUCAAUCAAUAAUCUCCGGCAAUUUUCGGAAAUAUGAUUAUGGUGCUAAAGCUAAUCUAAAACUUUAUGGAUCCACCCAACCACCCAAAUAUAAUCUUGAAAGGGUCAAAGUGCCCGUGGCGAUUUUUUAUAGUGACAAUGACUUGCUCACACAUUACACGGAUGUUCAAAAAUUGAUAAAUAGAUUACCAAACGUUAUAGAAGUUAAGAAAGUACCGUAUGAAAAAUUCAAUCAUAUUGAUUUUUUGUGGGGUCGAGACGCGAGAACACUUCUAUAUAAUCGCAUUGUAAUUAUGUUGAAGAAAUUUUAAUUUAUAACACAAUAUCUCAAAAACUAAAAUUAAAAGAGAAAAUGAUUUCGACAUUUGUGCGUCUACAUUGUGCACAUUAAUCAACUCAUUGUCAGUCAAAUUAAGCUUUUAUUAUCAUCUAUACAAAUAGUGACAGGUUGAUAAUUGAGACUUCUACAUAGUUCCCCCCAAUGGUUACAUUGCAUUUUUGCGAAAUAAAAAAAUUUUUAGUAUGCAAA